AUGUUGGACCUUUUCAGCACGCAUGGAACAGAGCAACUCGCGCCCAUCCAGGACAACACCGAAGUUGCCCAGGCUCUAGAGAUUGCUCGUGAGAGCCCCGAAGGGGCCAAGGACCCCGUCGUGAGCAACAUUCUCGAGUCUGCACUACACUCCCUUUGGGCCAAGGUCGUGGCUCAGCCGGUCAGUUAUGUCAUGACGAGGGACGAAUUUGCCGUCUUCAACUACUUCCAGCACCGGUUUCAAGGCAACAAGCUCGCCGUAGCUGCUAGGAGACGAUACUGGGACAACAUUUCCUGCUCUUGA